GAAAGAUACAUCUCUUGUAAGUUAAGUCUCAAACCUUUUUUGCUUCCUUUCAACAAAAUAUUUGAUCUUUCUUCUAAAAUGAAGUUUUGGAUUCUAUUGCCUUUUUUUUCAGGUGUUGAAACUUCGCUUUCUGGACCAAAGGAAGUGAGCAGCUGGACUGGGAAUUCAGUGAAUAUUACAUGUCAAUACAGUGAAAACUACACAGACGAUGUGAAGUACUGGUGUGGAAAAUGGACCUCUUCAUGCAAUGUCUUGGUUAAAAGUGAUGGAUCUGUGAAAUCUUUGCUAAAUCAGAGAAUGUCCAUCAGUGACAACAAAAUGAAUAAGCAGUUCACUGUGUCAGUGAGAAACCUGAGGACAAGUGACUCUGGAUGGUACAAAUGUGGAAUAGAGAUGCAACGCCCACAUACAGAUGUGACUUAUCCAGUUCAUCUCACCGUCAGAGGAGCUGAGGGCCACCUGUCAGGUCCAGAGAUAAUGAAAGGUUUGGUGGGAAAGUCCGUCACCGUGGAGUGUCCAUAUGAUAAGAGGUACGAGCAGGCAGAGAAGUUCUGGUGUAAGACGUUGAACUCUACAUGCUACCCUCUGGUCAGCACUGACAACUCUCAGAAACACAUGAGGAUGUCAAUCAAAGAUGACAGAUCAGGAAGAAAGAUCACUGUGACAAUGCGCUCCCUCAUGAAGGAUGAUACAGGCUGGUAUCGGUGUGGGAUAAAAGCACUCAACUUUGAUGAGACUCACCCUGUAUAUCUCACUGUGACAGGCGCUGUGGAGAGCUUGGUAGGACCCAAGCUGGUAACUGGAAGGACUGGGAGCUCUGUGAGCAUUGUGUGUCUUUACAGUGAUGAUUACAGAGAUCACGAAAAGUACUGGUGCAAAGAAGGCAUACUUAUGUGCAGUAGUACACUGGUCACAACAAACUAUAACUCAGAAAAAGAGAGAAAAUCUAUAAGUGACAAUAAAUCAUCUAAAGAGUUCACUGUGAUAAUGAAGGAACUAAAGAAAGAGGAUGAGGGGCUGUACCAAUGUGGAAUUGAUCGUACUUUACUGAGUGAUGGAUCAUUCCGUGAUGAAACUACUUCAGUAUAUGUCCAUGUCAAAGGUAAGGGGGCUUUACUGUGUUAAAUCCUGUAAUAAGAGACAGUUUAAAAUGAAAUAUGGAAAUGUAAAUUA